GGCGUCGUGACACGCGAGCAUCCGGUCGACCUGAGCGAGCUCAUCGCGCUUGCUUAUAUUCGCAUUGUCUGCCCUUAACAAUAAACAAAACGACGAUUCCCUCCUGUUGGAUUCCACGCCACCUCCAUUUUAUAAUCAUUGCACGACAAUGCAUUGGAAUCCGACCUUGUGGUAUUCCUCAGGUUUGAUGUGUUACGCGUGCACAGCACACGUGCAGUUGUGUGCAUGCAUGUGUAAAAAGCGGGGUGGGGGACGUGUUUGUUUGUUUGUUUUUAAAGGGAAAAGUCGACCAAAACAAUACUUGUAAUUCUUACGCAACGGGCUCGAAACGUAACCCGAGUGCAGCUCAAGCUCUCAUUGAGGUCCAAGUUUGUCUCCAAAUGAGGGAACGAACGUUUGUUUUAGCUCGCUCGGUUGGACGUGCGUCAAGCAGCGCAAGCGCCCGUUGAACCUGCACGGUCGUCCAUCAUGGCUGCAGAUCGCAAAGACGCCUUUUAGCUUGUAGCAUUGCAACGAUGACUUGAUAUGCUUCACACACCAACACAAAACAGAAGACACACGUACACACGUUGUUGUCCCCAUCCGCGGGUGAGGUGAGUUCAUUUAGUCACAGUGAAGGGGAGCGGGCGGAUUUCGCUCGGUCGCUUCACGCGUCGGCCUCUAGAGGGCGGCAGAGGAGCGUGGAGGGGCGCAGAGGAUGAGGAGGACGGCGACGACGACGACGACGCGCGGCCGGAUUAGAACGUUUGCGGCAUUGUGCUGACCCGAAGACACCAUCGGAUGGCAUUCAAAAGCAAAGCGCUCGACUCGGAGCAAAAGGCCGCAGCUCUCCUCCUAGCAUGAAUUGUCCAUCAUGGGAAAUGUAUGUCCAUCAUCCUACUCGUAGUAACCUAACUCCACGUUUGUGUCCGCCUGCCCGCCAGACCGUUUUCUUCAACCUGCUGCUGUGCCUGGCCAUCUUCUACGCUCUGUUCUACAUGAUCGGCAGUGUUUGUUUCGGUGCCUUCAGGUUGGAUGGCUUUGAUGGACGGAUACCUUUUGACUUCAAGACCAAGCCGGAGGACUCCAUCUCGAAAUACUUGGUCAACCUGCUGUCCUUGGAGCUGACUUACUUCUGCAGUGGCUUGCUGUUUGCCGCCGUGGUCAAGAGGAGGGUGUGGGACUACGCGCUCACGGUCACUUGUCUGCACGUCUUCAUCACCAGCCUCGUGAUGCUGGAGUUUCCGCUGGCAUGGCAGUGGUGGUUGGCCUUAGGUAGUGGCUUGUUUCUGAUGAUGUGCAAUGGUCAGCUGAUCGCUUACUUCGCCUGCCAGGAUGACCAAAGCUACGUUACCUUCGCCGUCUAUUAAAUAGCAUAAUAUCAUCGCUUUGUUGAGUGAAGCAUUUACCGAUACAAAAGGAUCCCCUUGGUUCGACAGUACUGUGCAAAAGUCUUAGAGCGCCGUUGGAUUUGUUGUUUUAGCAGUGCAGUGGACCCUCGCAUACUCGCAGUUUGGCACCUGCGGAUUCACCUAUUCGCAGAUUAGUUUCCAUUUUGUUUGUUCUUGUUUUGGAGAGGAACCCCUGAAAACGCUUACUGGCCGUUCAUCCCCGCUUAUGCAAGAUUUUUUUUUUGGUUUUAAUAUUUAGACUUUUUUCCAAUGCAAUCAUAGCAGGCGUCAAUUCUCCAGGGAUUUUUUUUGGCUAUUUGCGUUCCGACCCGGUCCCUGUCCCCCGCCAACAGCGGGAGUCCGCCGUGUUACUAAAAGGUCACUCCGCCGAGGCCAACUUUGGAAAGAAAAUAUCUUUCCUCGUUGCUGUAUUUCGAUGAUGGCGUACAUUGUACAGAAUUUCUUUCUACACUUUGGAAAGCUGUGAAUGUAAUAACAGAAUGGGAAUGUUGCAAUACGCACUUGUAUAUUUUAAAAGAAUUAAAUGUGUCAUAACUACA